GCCGCCAUGACGCGCUGUCGACCCAAUCGCCUCCUCACCACAGCCCACCAUGGCCGCCACCGCUGACGACGCUGUCCGCAACGCGAUGGCCGCGUAUACCGAAGUGCAGACCACCGCUGUCACCACGCUCGAUGCCACCGACCUCCGGCUAAUGUCUGCCGUCAGCCAGGCGUCCGUCGCUCUCGAUGCUCUGCGCGAUCUAUGUCCCGCCGCCUUGUUCGAGUCGCUCAUUCAACAGAAUCUAGAACUCGUCGAGCAGGUGGAGAGCGCAAUCGUCACCCUACUUCCCAUGCCACAACCCGUAGACCCCAACGCACUAGACCAGAGCGCGAGACCAGCCUCGUCACUGCAACUAGUGCAAACCAAGGCGACAGAAAUGACGGCCUCACUGGAGAAGCUCCUCAUACCCAAGCUCACCUUCUCUGAGCCCAGCGGCCAGAAGAUACCCCAAGUCCCGCAGGUUCAGGUCUGAGUGCGCGGACGAGUGUUUUCACUUCCUAUGUUUUAUUGUCCAUAGUCUGUACGGAACAGGAAUAUGUACACGAGAAUACCAAUGGACGCAAGAUAUAUACCGAACGGAGCAGGAUGGUUUACCGAUGGGAAACCAGUGGCCUACCCAGCCAACCACCACCCUACCCCGGCAUAUUCUAAACAAGCGUCUGGCAG